AUGAAGCUCGCGGCCCGGAAUUGCAAAUGUUAUGGGUGCGGCAAGCAGGUGAAGUUGUAUAAGGGCAAACCUGCGCCCAAGAACAAGGAUACCGAGAAUAAGACUUCGGCCGCAGGUCAAAACGCUUUUCUUUUUCCUCCCGGCGCCGGCACUUCAAAGCAGCUGGAGGUGUUGCUGACCGCUGUGAAGGACAAUCCGGAGCUCAAGGAUGUGCAUGACCUCCUCGCAGCCAAGACGAGUACGGCACCCGACCAAGCAGCGCCUGCUGGGGACUCCACGAAGCUGUUCACCAAGGCCGACGGGGCCUUGCGGGACGCGAUGCACAAGCACAAAGCUGCGGGUGCUGCGCUCCUGAAGGCAAGGGAGAACGUGACGAAGGCCGAGGAGAAGUACCGCGAGACGGGGGUCGCGGUGGCCGAAGCGGAAAUGGCGCGCAACGUGGCGCUACGCGCAGUGGGGCGGCCAUCGCCGGCGACCAUCGUGGAGGACUCCAGCGAUGACGAGGGUGGGGCGGUGCCGACGAUCGCCAUCAGCUGGAAGGAGAAGUCUUUCGAUCCGACUCGCUUGGCCGAGCGCGGGUAUACGGAGGAGGACGUGAGGGUGAUGCAACAGGUGAAGGCGCAGCUGGCCACGUGGAAGCAGCAGGCUGAGGCUACCACGGCUGAGAUCCGGGCCAAGCUCGCUCAGAACAUCGAAGAGAUCGAGAAGGUCAGAGCAGCGAUUCGAGACCGUGGCAAACGGGCCAAGACCACGGCAAAUGGGCCACCUGUCGAUGGGGGCGCUGCUCCACCAGCCGGCGAGACGGCAGCAGGCUCAUCACCUACAGCAUCUCCCGGAUCUGAGUCGGCGGCAGCUGCAGCCGAAGUCAGGAAGGACCGGAAGCUGCAGGAGCGCGCGACCAAGCUCUGCGAGGAGACGCUCGAGACGCUGCGAGCGGAGAAUGCCAAAGGGGCCACCGGGGCCAACCAGAAGCCUCCGGGUGCCGCGGGGCAGUGA